GCCCUCAUUUAGACUGCAACAAAGCCAGAGUAAUUCCGUAACCACGUUCAUGGUGAAGGAACUUACACUUUAAACAUGGAGUUCUGAGGCUAUCUUCACGAGGCUAUACUUAUUGCCAAAAAAACGCCGUAGUUUCUCAUCUGUAGGAAUCCAUUGUGUGUUUACGUUUUCGGCGAGACAACAGCUUUGGAUCAGCUGUUGUGUCAGAAAUCCUUCGGAGUUUACUACCGCAAGGUACUUAGAUCACGUUCACAAUUGUGCAUGAUUUAGCUUCGCUUGGUAGAUUGUUUUGUUUUAAUCGUUAAUGGUGAUUGCCAAAGAACGAUGAGCUUCCCGGAGAAACAGGACAAUAUAUCGAAAGACGAGUGGGUCGCCAAGUUGGAGGAGAACUCGCACACGCAACGCGUCUCCAUGAACAAUUUGAUUAUGAAUUAUUUCGUUACAGAGGGAUUCAAAGAGGCAGCUGAAAAAUUCCAACAGGAGUCCGGCGCCGAACCCACCGUGGAGUUAAACUCUGUUGACGAUAGAAUUCGUAUUAGAGAUGCUAUUCAAAAUGGCCGUAUUCAGGAGGCCAUCGAUCUCGUGAACCAGCUGCACCCGGAAUUGUUGGACAACGAUAGAUACCUGUAUUUUCACUUGCAGCAGUUGCAUCUGAUUGAGUUGAUUCACACUGGCAGAAUUGAAGAGGCACUACAGUUUGCUCAGGAGCGACUCAGCGAGGCUGGUGAAUCUGAUGACAAUAUCCUCUGCGAAUUGGAGCGUACCUUAGCUCUAUUGGCUUUUGAUGAACCACACAAGAGUCCAUUCAGUGACCUCUUGCAUCCGAGUCAUAGGCAAAAGAUAGCAAGCGAGCUAAAUGCAGCCCUGUUGAAGAUGGAGCACAGGGAGUCUACCAGCCCACGGCUGAAUAACUUGCUCAAGAUGAUCCUUUGGUCACAGAAUGAGCUGGACAAAAAGAAAGUGAAAUAUCCGAAAAUGACUGACUUGGGUAGUGCCACCAUUGAGAGUCCACAGUAGAUCUAUGGGGCAAUACCCAUGUAUUUAUUAGUAUGAGGAAAGAAUGUGUGAUUGUACUAUAUUAGCGUUUUACAUGCGAACAGAAUUCAAAGGAGGCAUAGAGAUUCUACUAUAACCUUGCUGUAGUAGCAACAGUUCUUAAUUCUUUUCGUGAAAAUGUGUAAAGUCCUGGUCGUAUGAUACACCGCGGGUAGGAGAGAAGAAUAUACUAAUCAUAAGCACUACAGCUUAGUUAAUUGUUUCCUUUCGUAAAGACGUGCGAUUUGACGUUCCUUUUGUACGAUAUCGAUUAGUCUAAAAUUUCGUAGUAUAUUAUAUUAUUAGACAAUUUCUCAGAUUUUCUUUUCCGUUUCGAUCGUACCCAAUUUCUGAGACAUUUUAUUUCAAAAAGAGAAAUCAUCAAAAAAGUGUAAGAAUCAUCCUUUGGUCAACGGAAAAUUGUCCUCCGACAGUGUUGUCAAUCGAACCGUGUGCAAUACGCGUGCUACUAUUUCCGUGCAAACAGUUUAGUCUAAGUAUAAAUGAGUGCGACAGGAUUAUCGCUUAUCAAGUUGCGUGAUAAUUAUCCGAUGUUUGUAAAGAUUUAUAUUUCGUACUAUUUAUGUAGUAAAAAUACAGUAACAAUUCUUUUAGGGUCCGCGGAACAUUCUUCUCUCGAGUUAGUCAUAACUGUCUUUUAUGAAGUUAAGCAAAUUAUAAUUAAAUAACAUUAGUCGUUAAAGAACAAUAAAAAAUCGUCUUAUUUUA